GUUCAUGCAUGUGCAUGUGUGUAAGCUCAGGAAUUUGUUUACCUCUGCGAAUGCUUAUUGCUUAUAAAAAUAUUAUUCUUUUAUUUUAUUCAACCGCGUGUUGAUUAUUUGUUACACCAUAUUUUACAUUGAACAUAUAAAAAUGUCCAGCUCAGAAGAUAAUUCAAUUGACAGCGAUCAAAAUGAAGAUGAAAGUACUAACGAAACGUCCAGCGGUUCAAGCAAAGAAUGUGACGAUGAUAAGCCCGAGCUAAUCGACGAUGACUUUCGGCAAAUGUCCUUCGAGGAGCUUUUGAAGCUAAAACGACGGUUAGGUUCAAAGGUGUACAACGAGGCAGUUUUUGGAAAAAGUAGCACCAGUAAAGUUACUACGAAAACAUCUAACAAACGUCAAAAGAAACGAGAUGAGUUAGAGGUAAAUAGUGACUCCGAUGGUCCUCCGGAAGAGAUAAGCGCUAAGCGCAAGGUACCGGCAUUGGGUAUGGAAAAAUCUCGCACCAAAGUAGACCACCCGCGUUGCAAAGAUCCUCGUUUCGAUUCAAAACAAGGCUACUUCAGUGGGCGUCAGUUUCGAGCGCAAUACGGAUUCAUUAACGAGUUACGUUCCGAAGAGCUAUCAACAAUGCGGAAACAACUUGAGACAGAGGAAGAUCCCGCACAAGCAGAACGGCUCAAGUUUGCUAUCCGUAGAACAGAAAAUCAAAUUCGUGAGUUUGAGAAACAAUUGCAACAAGAUCAGACGAAGAAAGAGCAGCGAGUUCUAGCUCGUAAAACUAUCGAAGAUGGAAAACAACCGUUCUACGAAAAGAAGAGCGUAGCUAAAGCCCGCGAUUUGGUGGAAAAGUAUAAUCAACUGAAGGAAAGUGGAAAGCUAGGAAAACACAUCGAUAAACGGAGAAGGAAAAACACUGCCAAGGACAGAAAGAAACUGGAUUUUUCUACUUAGCUUUAAACGUUACUUUCUGUUACAUGUGAAAUAAUAACACAAAUUUGGUAAACUAAGACAAAUCUAUUAGCA